CCCACCUGGGGGGGCCUCGUCAUUCCACGCCCGAUGAAUUUCGACCAAAAAGUUGUCAAGUUUUUGGCAAAUUAUUACAUCAAUGGAGGACAGCACUGGAAAUAUGGGCGGCAGCCCCCGUUUCGACCCUGCGGGCCCCAGCUGGGAUGUGCUGAUAGCCCUUUGGCUCUGCCGGCCCCGAGCCUGAGCGUGGGCUCCAAGUGUCCAGUGCUUGACUACUGCCAGAAGUGGAAUUCCCUCAAGGCCCAGACCAGGCAACAACUCACCUUCCGGGAAGCCUUGGAAUGCCGCCCACCACGGCUCACGGAUCCCGAAGCCCCAGGCCCGGCUCACUACCCGGCUCUGGCCGGGAAUUGGGGGCUCCAAAAGCAUCGCGCUCCCAGGGCCCGGAUGCCCCGCAGAGAUGGCGGCGGGCACUGCUUUGGGUGCCAAAACAAGAAUCCGUUCACUCGCAAGGUGAACUUGAUCGCCAAGAACCAGCAGCCGCCCGCGUUUCAGCCGGCCCAGGUGCCCGGCCGGGCCUCCCAGCGGCCUACCCAAGCCCACCCCGUGGGCCACAGCUUCGGCCGGCGACUGCCCCCCAUCCCUCCCGAGUCCGUGCCAGGCCCCAACGCGUAUAACGUGGACCCCGGCUACCGGUCCCUGCAUGCCCACCCGUGGACCUCCUCCAUGAGCCUCCACUCCCAGGCCUGGGCCAACUCAGGCUUGACCCCCGGCCCUGGGGCUUACACACUGAGGGAGACGCGCAGGUCCUCCCGCUUCGCCUGGGCGCCGGGCAUCCUCAUCCAAGGAGUCCGCCGACACAAGAGACACGACACCGGACCCUUCUGCACUCUGUAACGGGGAGCCUUUUGGGACCCCCAUCUCCCCUUCCCCACCCCAACCGGGAGAAUACCAA